UUGGGAUUCCGCCGUUAAAUCUCACCCACUCUUAGUUAUCAACUACCUAGCCGGAGCAGAUGUCCAUCAAAAUGCCAACUUCAUGGUACCCACUGCUCCUCAUCCUGAGCCACCCGUCCCGCGCUCACGCCCUGAAUAUCACAAGCAACUACUCCUCUGUAGUCCUUCCCCUCACUUACCAAUCCAAAGACAUCCCUUGGACAGACUGGGUCUCCCUCUUCACGCUGUGCCUGGCGCCCUUGAUCGCACACAUCAUGGCCGGCGUGCCCGAGCCCUCUUUCCUCGGGCCCCGACGCCCAAGCUGGCACGAGCGCAUCUGCCAAUAUAAUCCGACCUCGAUCCUAUGGCGCUACUUGGCCAUCGCAGACCGGCGCCUGCGCACCCGUAACUGGGCCGCCGCCGACAUGGCCGCCGCAAACGCCCAUUUCUGGACCGCUCGCGGCUGGGACGGCUCCGAUGCCAUGGCCGCCGCGAGCCGCCUGCACGCUGUCAAGCUACCCGCCCACGCCCACGUGGAGCUCUUCUCUGCUACUACGCUCAAGUCGCUGAUCGUGACGGUGCAGGGCGCGCAGGCCGUCUACCAGUUGGUCUCGGGCCUGUGGGGUGGCGUGUUCAGCGGCACGCUGGCUAUUGACUCCAUAUUCGGGCCGCUGGCCGUCUUCGGACUCCUGCGGCUGUGUGCCGCGCCGUGGCUGACGGAGGAUUUUGUCUAUUCCCGUGUUGAGCACCAACAGCAGCAGCCUCAAGCGACCGACGGCGUGUGCAAGGGGGAUGGCUCGGCAGCGGAGGAGAUGGAACCGUUUGCUGUGGAGUCCUCCAUAACCACCUCGAUGAGUCUUCUGGAACCUCUUUACUUGUCUGCCCCAAGUCUCAUCCGCCCUGCGACCGACUGGCGCAGCUGGCUGUUUCGUGUCCUUUAUCUACUUCCGAUUCUUUUCCUUUGCGCUGUCUGCGCCUUCUACAUCCUCCCCGGGAAGAAUCAAAAUGCCGCCACGACGACAACCUUCUUGCUUAGCCUGUUCUACUUCUUCUUCCUACUAGCCACAGCCCUCAUCUACAUCUAUUACUUCGUCCGGGCGCGCACGGCCACCACCAUCAUUCCCUGUAUCACCUCCCUGUGGUACAAGGUGUAUACCGCCAUUCUGCUGUCGCUGAUGCUUGUUCUUAUCGUUGUUGCGUCGCUUGAGACGCGGAAGACGCCUUGUGGAAGGUACACCACCUGGCCCACUGCAAGUGGUAUGGAUCAGCAGCUCUGUCACGGCCUUUAUCCGCUUAUCUCAAACUCGAGUGUCGCGCCGUUUGGUCUAGCAACGCGUAAUCCCGAGACUCAGAGUGGGACGACUAUACUCGGCCCUGGCCAGUUCAGGCUUGUGGACUUCGAGGGGUUUUGUCAGGGAAAGUUCGGCGCAAGUCGCGUUGCUGCUACUGUGGCUGUCAACGGCUCAUCGAGCAGUUGAUGUGGCCAAAUCUGAGUCCAUCGGACGUCAAGAUCCUCAUUGAGACAAAGACGGGAAUUAGCGGAUAACGAGACGGGAUGAUGCGGAAAGACCGAUCCUGAGCCUCAUGCUCAGGGUCGGGCCUGAGGCAUCAGGCCUUAUGCGGUCACGUGGGUCGGGACCCUUACGGUCCCGAGCCCUCGACCGCAAGAUAGAUAAAUCAACCUUCUUUACACA